AUAAAAUAAAUAAUAAUUUUGUUUUAAAAUACAAAACAAACAAAAAAUCAUUCAAUCAUUCAAUACAUUUACAAAUAUAAAGACAUGUCGUCUGUAUAUCGUUUGACGUCAAACAACAACUGUUGGCCAUUAGUAUCGUCGGUCGCGUAGUAGUAGUGGACAGACAUCUAACAACACACAAUACCGUGCGGUAACCAUCAUCGGCUGCGGCGGACAACAACAACAACAAUGAGAAGCCGAAGCAAUUCGGGUGUCCGACUAGACUAUUACCAACGUAUUGUCUAUCGGACAAUACUUGACCAUCAGAAUCCUGUAACAGGUCUAUUGCCGACCAAUCACUAUCAUCAUCAAUCGGAUGACCGGACGGCCAGUGGCCAGCAUACUGAUGAUCAUGCCUGGGUCCGAGAUAAUGUCUAUUCAAUACUAUCGGUUUGGUCGCUAUCGAUGGCCUACAAGAAAAAUACGGAUCUGGACGAAGACAGGGCCAAGACCUACGAACUGGAACAGUCGUGUGUGAAACUGAUGCGCGGUCUGCUGAUGGCAAUGAUACGCCAGAAGGAUAAACUGGAAGCGUUUAAAGAGUCCCAAUCGGUUGGGGAUUCAUUGCACGCCAAAUACUCGUCGGACACUAUGUUGACCGUUGUCGGCGAUCACGAAUGGGGUCAUUUGCAAUUGGACGCCACCUCACUGUUCCUAUUGAUAUUGGCCCAAAUGACAGCGUCGGGUCUGCAGAUUAUCUUCAAUCUCGAUGAAGUAGCUUUCGUACAGAAUCUGGUUUUCUAUAUAGAGUCGGCUUAUUGUAUACCCGAUUACGGUAUUUGGGAACGGGGCGAUAAAACCAAUCACGGUCUACCCGAGCUGAAUGCCAGCUCUAUUGGUAUGGCCAAAGCAGCACUGGAAGCAAUGAACGAAUUGGAUCUGUUUGGCGGCCGCGGCGGUCCAUCAUCAGUGAUACACGUACUGGCCGACGAAGCCCAAAAAUGUCACGCAGUCUUGCAGUCGAUGCUACCGCGCGAAUCCAACUCGAAGGAAGUGGACGGCGCCCUGUUGUCGGUAAUCGGUUUCCCAGCAUUUGCUUUGGAGGACAAGGAACUGAUCAAAAUGACCCGCAACAACAUUGUCCAGAAAUUGCAAGGACGAUACGGUUGUCGACGAUUUUUGAGGGACGGUUUUCGUACGGCCAAAGAGGAUCCGACUCGGCUGUACUACGAGCCGUCCGAACUGAAAGUUUUCGAGAAUAUCGAGUGCGAGUGGCCGUUGUUUUUCUGCUAUCUAAUACUCGACGGUCUAUUCAAUGGCGACCGCGAAAUGGUCGACGAAUAUUCCGAAGCACUCGAACAACUGCUGGUCAAGACAGAGGACGGCCUCAAAUUGGUACCCGAAAUGUAUGCCGUACCCGGCCAUCUGGUUGAACAAGAGUAUCAGCAGCCGCACAGUCAGGAACGUUACGCUAUCGGUUCGUGUCCGUUCAUGUGGGCCCAGUCGCUCUACAUUGUCGGCCGACUAUUGCAGGAAGGUUUUAUAGCACCCGGCGAAUUGGAUCCACUGAAUAGGCGAUUGGGAGCCGAAAAAAAACCCGAUGUUGUUGUCCAGGUUGUUAUAUUAGCCGAAGAUACCAAAGUACAGGAAAAACUGGUCCAACACGACAUCCAUAUUAAGACCGUCGACGAAGUGGCACCAAUUGAAGUACAAGCGGCCCGAUUGCUUAGCCAUCUGUACGCCUAUUUAGGUUACAAUCGGAAAAUGAAUCUAUCGGGUCGUCAAUCCCGGGAAGUCGGUCUAUUGAGUACUAGUAAAUUGUAUUCAUUGCAGGACAAAAUAUUUGCAUUUACACCCCAGUUUGUCGAUGAGCACCGUUACUAUAUAGCAUCGGAUACAAACCUAAUGCUGGAUACAUUCAAAUCGGAGAUUGCCUUUUUGAAGGUUAACUGGCGUAUGUUAGGCCGUCCUACUGUUGUCAUACCAUUGUCAUCACGUAUUUUAGGAGAAAACGAUAGAAUACCCGUAUCGAUGAUAUCGACAAUCAAAAAGUUGAAAAGCGGUUAUCUGAACGGCACUCGGGUAGUGUUGGGCAGUUUGGACGACUUUUUGAGUACAUCGUGUAUAACUAGUCUGAGUUUUCUGUCGAAUACGGAAGAAGGAGAUCCCGAAGGACUGAACGAUACGGUCAAAGAAUUUCUGGAACGUGAACUGAAAAAACCGUUUGUCCGGAAAAUUUCCCGUCAAAUAUCGGCCAAACGCAAGAUCAGUAUCCGAUCGCGUAAAUCGGGUGUAUCCGGAAUUAUUAAGCGAACCCGAUCUAUACAAGUGGAUCAAUACGAUCCGGAAUUAAUUCAAUUGAGAUCUACUUUCUUAGACAGUAAAGCCAGUCAACAACAACAGCAACAACAACAACAAACAGGAGGUGUCAUACAAUCGGGUGCACAAUCAUCAAGUAGUACUUCGCCGUCGUCGCCACGCCAUAUGUCGGUUGCCGGGUCGGGCUUUGGAUCGAUAUCCGAGACCAACAACAAUAACAACAACACCGAUGACGACAUGUUUGACGCUCAACAAAAUAUAAUGAUGUCGUCGUCCAUAUCGAUACCAAUACGUCCGGCGGAAAAACGUUUGCGAGGAAUGUCUGAACUGCAUAUUAACGAAGAUAUCAAAGACGACGAACUGUUGACAAUGUAUAGAGAAUCGGAACAACUGGAAGAACAGGCAGAUAUCAUACACUAUCUGUUCUAUAAUAAGGGACUGGGCUGGGAGACUGGUUUAGGCGGCAGCGAUAAACCGGCCAAAGUUCGCGACCUAUUGAAAGAACUGUACGAGAAGGCCUGCAGCGAACGAAAGUGGGCACUGGUCAGGCAUUCGGCCGGUAUGCUUGGCAAACAAGUGGAAGAUCUGGCCAAAUCGGUAGCCGAUUUACUAGUACGACAAAAACAGAUUACCGUCGGCCAGCCGCCGCACUACGAACAGGCAAUCAUACGGCCGCUGCCGGCCAAAGAGUUGCGUCAGAUUAUCGAUCAGACACACGGCGGCGACCAGAGUACGGCAAUGUUGACCCAGGAGUUGCUCAUUUAUUUGGCAAUGUUUAUCCGUACCGAACCGCAACUGUUUCACGAAAUGUUACGCCUGAGAGUUGGCCUAAUUAUUCAAGUAAUGGCCUCCGAGUUGGCCCGUGCGCUGAAAUGUGACGGCGAAGAAGCAUCGGAACAUCUGCUAAAUCUGAGUCCCUAUGAAAUGAAAACACUGUUACAUCAUAUACUCAGCGGCAAAGAGUUUACCAUUAAAAGCGCCCGAAGUGGCCGCAUAUCGAUAAUGAAUGACCGUAUGCUUAGCCGAAAAAGUUUUGUCGACAGUAUACAGCCGACCGGCGCCGGCGAAAACAGCUGUUCCAGUGUGACUGCCGACGAGUACGGCUUCGAAGGCGACCGACAGGGACAGUGGCUUCGACGGCGGCGAUUGGACGGUUCGCUCAAUAGGGUUCCCAUUGGAUUCUAUACGAGAGUUUGGUCAUUGCUUGAAAAGUGUCACGGGAUUGCCAUCGAAGGACGCAUUUUGAUGCAACAGUUGACACGUGAGAUGACAUCCGAAGAACUGAAAUUUGCACUACAAGUGGAAUCGGUAUUGAAUUGUGUGCCACAACCCGAAUACCGGCAACUGAUGGUCGAAGCCCUGAUGGUAUUGACACUACUGGUUGAACAUCAUUGUCUGAAAUCGUUGACCGGUAUUAUCAAUAUCGAACAACUGGUCCACAGAGCCAAUCAAGUGUUUCUCGAAGAUCAGAGAGCAGUCAAUGGUGACGCCACACUGUGCUGUGCCUGUAAUGCCAAUCAACGUAUAGCCCAUUGUUGCGGUGCCGCCAAUAUUUGUCAGCAUUUUUACGACAGCGCACCGUCGGGUAAUUACGGAACAAUGACUUAUCUGAUACGUGCCGUUACCGCCACAUUGGACUCGGAAACUGUUGAAUCAAUUAAUUUUAGUUAAUAAUAAUAACUAAAUAUUAUUAU